AUGGAGAAGCCUCAGAAGAUCGUUGUUGUUGGGGCUGGUCCUGUUGGUUCUUUGGCAGCUUUGUAUGCUGCUCAACGAGGACAUGAGGUUGAAGUUUAUGAGUUGCGACCUGACCUCCGGGAUCCCAGCACUAUCCCGCUCAACUUCACCAAAUCCAUCAACCUCGCCAUUUCUGAGCGCGGGAUCAAUGCUAUGCGCCAUGCUGGCCAGCCAGGACUUCUUGAUCAUGUCAUGUCCACAACGAUUCCCAUGAGAGGGCGCAUGAUUCAUGGCAGGAGUCCUACCGGAGCUCUUUUUGAGCAGUCUCAAGACUACGAUGUCAAGGGACGGGCAAUCCAUGCUAUUGAUCGGGCAGGUCUGAACAAGCGAUUGCUCGAUAUUCUAGACAACAUGCCCAACGUCAAGCUGUUCUUCAACCACAAGCUUACAGGCGCAGACUAUCGCACUUGCAAAGCUUGGUUUGAAGUCGCUGACGGAAAAACGUCCAAGGAGUCUCGUUACAAGGAGAUUGACAUCUCUUUUGAUCUCAUGAUUGGCGCUGAUGGUGCCCAUUCUGCUGUUCGCUACCACCUUAUGAAGUUUACCCGGAUGAACUACCACCAAGAGUACAUUGACACUCUGUGGUGUGAGUUCCAUCUCAAGCCUGUCCAAACAGACAACACAGCUGAUCCAAUGGCCAAGUUCCGGAUGUCGCCUAAUCACUUGCAUAUUUGGCCAGGCAAGGAUUUCAUGUUCAUUGCCAUUCCCAGUGAUGACGGCUCUUUCACAUGCACGCUCUUCAUGCCAAGCAAGGAUUUCUCAGACCUCGAGAGCAACCCAGCUAGUGUGCCAGCCUUUUUCGACAGUCACUUCCCGGGUGUUACAGAUCUAAUUCCUGGCGAUGAGCUGAUUGAAUCUUUCAACACAAACCCUCACCUGCCGCUUGUUAGUGUCAAGUGUAAGCCGUAUCACUAUGGCUCUUCUUGUAUCAUCGUCGGCGACGCUGCUCACGCCAUGGUGCCUUUCUAUGGCCAAGGCAUGAACGCUGGAAUGGAAGAUGUCCGAAUCCUCUUUUCCAUCUUGGACAAGCAUGGUCAUAUCGAUGAGUCUAAUGACCCUUCUAGCGAAUCCUCCUCCGCAUCAGGGCCCGCCUUUCAACGAGCACUCGCACUGGCAGAGUACUCGGCCGUCCGUCCACCGGAUGCCCAUGCCAUUAAUGAUCUUGCUUUACAAAACUAUGUCGAGAUGCGAUCCUCCGUUCUGUCAAAGCGCUACAGGCUGCGGAAAUAUCUCGAAGAGUGGAUGAGUGUGUACUUUCCUCGGCUGGGCUGGCAAACAAAGUAUUCCCGUGUAAGCUUCAGCAAUGAGGGUUACCUGGAUGUCAUCAAUAAGAGUGACACACAGGGAAAGAUACUGGUGCAGGGCUUCUUGGGAUUGCUUGCUAGUCCCUUUAUUGUUUCAGCGGCAAUGUUUUGCUACCGUUAUCGGCGGUCAAUAUCCGCCAUGUUCAAAGCAAUCCGACAACUACCCUAA